AAAAUGAAAAUAAUAAUAAUAAUAAUAAUAAUAAAAAAGUCAUUGGUCUUCAUUCCAAACCCUUUUUAUAGGCUCAUCAGUUAAAAGACUUGAGACUUCCAAACAUUUCUUCUUCUCCUCUCUUUCUCUUGUCUCUCUUAUAAACCCAAAUCCAUUUCUUUCAUUUUCAUUCCCAUUUCCAAAUAAAAAUAAAAAUAAAAAUCCACUGAUCCAACCAAUCAAAUUAAAAUCAUCUCGUAAAUGGACGGCAGAGGAUGGGGUCUUGCUCUUGAAUCAUCAUCGUCACCGUCCGAUCUUCUCCACCACCACCACCUUCUUCAUCACAAAAAACAUAAGAAUAAUAUUAAUAAUAAUGAUAAUAAUCCGGUGUUCCAAAGCCUAGAUUUUCCAAUGAAUAUCCACCGUCAAUCAGCCGAACAUGAUCGUGAUCAAAGACAUGAUGAUGAUGAUCAAAAUCAGGAUAAGAAGAAAGUUGUUGGUGAAGUAGAUUUCUUCUCUGAUAAUAAUAAUAAUAAUAAUAAUAAUAAUAAUAAUAAUAAUAAUAAUAAUAAUAAUAAUACAGUACAUAGGAGUACAUCGUGUUCUGGGGCACCUCUAAAUCGUGUGAAAGAGGAAGCUUCUUCUCGUGAUCAUCAUCAAUCUGCUAUUACUGCUCUUCCUGAUUCCGCACCUCUUCUCGAUAAUAAUAAUGUUAAUACUGGUUUACAUCUUCUCACCACUAAUACGGGAAGCGAUCAAUCUACGGUAGAUGAUGGUGCAUCUUCGGAUGCAGAAGACAAGAGAAACAAAAAUGAGCUAGUUUUACUUCAAGCUGAGCUACAACGUAUGAAUACUGAAAAUCAAAAGUUGAAAUCCAUGUUAAAUCAAAUGAGCAACAGUUACAAUUCUCUUCAAUUGCACCUCGUAAAUGUAAUGCAGCACCAACAACAACAAAACCUUCGAAAGGGCGAAAAUUCGCAACAUGAGGCAAUUAUGCAAGGAAAGGCCGAGGAGAAGCCAAUGGUACCACGUCAAUUCUUAGACUUGGUUUCGGGUGCAAAUACGGAGACCGAUGAGCGAACGUCUCAAACCUUGUCGGAUGACGAGAGGACGGUGGACCGCUCUGGCUCACCGUUAAACUCAAUGGAAGUAGCGUCAAGGGCCAACAAUAAUAAGGAGUUGAACCUUGCUAACUAUGACAAUGGGAAGAGAAUAAGGGAAGAAAGUCCGGAAGGUUCGGACGCGCAAGGGUGGGGGCAUAAUAAGGUGCCUAAGUUGAUGAACAAUGUAGUCAAGCCUACUAGUCCUCCUGUUGAUCAAGCAGCCGCCGAGGCUACAAUGAGGAAAGCUCGUGUAUCAGUUCGAGCACGAUCUGAAGCACCCAUGAUAAGCGAUGGAUGUCAAUGGCGAAAGUAUGGACAAAAGAUGGCAAAGGGUAACCCUUGCCCUAGAGCUUAUUAUCGUUGCACAAUGGCUGUUGGUUGUCCUGUUCGAAAACAAGUUCAAAGGUGUGCGGAGGACAGGUCAAUUCUGAUCACAACAUAUGAAGGUAACCACAACCACCCACUACCACCAGCCGCGAUGGCGAUGGCCUCGACAACCUCAGCAGCGGCGAGCAUGCUCCUCUCGGGUUCAAUGCCGAGUGGGGACGGGUUAAUGAACCCGAAUUUCCUAGCUAGGACCAUACUUCCAUGCUCAUCAAGUAUGGCUACAAUCUCAGCAUCAGCACCUUUUCCAACUGUUACGUUGGACUUAACCCAUUCACCAAAUCCUCUUCAAAUGAGGCAAUCAGUUCCUCAAACAAAUGGACCUUUUCAAGUACCCUUUCAACCUCAAACUUCCCAAGUGGGGCCCAAUUUUUUGGGCUCAAUUCCUCAAAUAUUUGGUCAAGCUUUGCUAAAUUCUACUACUAAUAAUAAUAAUAACCAAUCAAAAUUUUCUGGUCUACAAACUACGACUCCCCAAGGGUUGGACGCUUCACACUUGCAACACCCUAACCAAAACCCGGCUUUCGCCGACACUCUAAGCGCAGCCACGGCUGCCAUCGCCAACGACCCGAACUUCACAGCCGCACUGGCGGCUGCCAUCUCGUCGAUCAUCGGUGGGGCACGUGGCCCGGCAGAUAACAAUAAUGGGCCUAGUGAUGCCACUACUAAUGGAAACAAUGCAAAUAACGUCACUACAAGUAGUAGCAUGCAACAACAAUAGAAAGGCAACAAAAGGAGGCAGUUAUGCAAAUAGACAAAUAUUAUUUCCUUCAUAAUAUGUUGCUUUGUUUUUAGCUAAAACUUUUUUUUUUUUUUUUUUUUGGGCCUAUAUCUUUUGGUUUAGUAUAUUACUUAUCAUAGUAGCUCUUAGGAAAAGGAUAAGAAUGAGGUAAAAAAAAAUGUUCAUAUACUUUUUUUUUUCAUUUUUCCUUUUUUUUUUUUUUCUCUUCUCUAGUAGGUCUUUGAGAAGACUUACAGAAGACAAGUUCAUUCUUUAAUCACAUCAUUAUUUUUUUUUUUGAAUAAUUUAUCCAUUUUCGGAUAGAUAUAUAUGGGCGAGAUACAAAUUUAAGUUUA